UCUCUCUCUCUCUCUCUUACACAAAAUUGCUGUCAUUGCUAACAACAGCAAUUUAUCCACCCUUUUUUUCUCUCCCCUCUCCCUCAUCAUUUUUAAACAUAAAUGCUCACCUUCUAUAUCCCCUCUCUCCCGCCAGAUAUCUGACGACCAAUCCAUCGCCGGAAUCUGACCCACCACCACCACCAUGGGCCACCAGACCCGUCGUGACUCACCCCACCAAAUCUCCUCCCCCGUCGCCGGAGACUCCGACCUCCAAUUUUCCUUCGGAAAGCUCGACGGCAUCGACAAUGACGAUCUCCGCGACACCGCUUACGAGAUCUUCUUCACGGCCUGUCGCUCUUCUCCUGGCUUCGGUGGCAGGAAUCCACAUCGUUUCACAGAUUCUUAUCCCUCCGACCCCGGCGGCGGAGACGGUGGUGGAGGAUUUGGGCCUGUGUCUCCGGCGAGGGGUAAUGGUAAUAGUAAUAGUAAUAGUAAUAAUGGGGUGGGGAUGCUGAGCAGGACGAAGAGGGCGUUGGGGUUGAAGAUGAUGAUGAAACGGUCGCAUUCGCGGCGGACUAAUUCCAUGGGAGGGACGCCGUCGUCCCCGCAGGCGGCGGUGAAUGGCGGCGGAGGGAGUCCGGGGUUCUCGUUUACGGUGCCCGGCUCGAUUAGGUCUAGGAGGCCGAUGACUUCAGCGGAGAUUAUGAGGCAGCAGAUGAAGGUGACGGAGCAGAGCGAUAACAGACUCCGCAAAACUCUCAUGAGAACUCUUGUUGGUCAGAUGGGGAGGCGACCAGAGACCAUAAUCCUUCCCCUAGAGCUCCUCCGCCACCUAAAACCAUCUGAAUUCAACGACACCUGCGAAUACCACAUUUGGCAAAAACGCCAGCUUAAAAUCCUCGAAGCCGGCCUCCUCCUCCACCCUUCCAUCCCUCUUGACAAGUCCAACACAUUUGCUCUCCGUUUCCGUGACAUCAUCAGAUCCUCCGAAUCCAAACCCAUCGACACCUCCCGUAACUCCGAGUCCAUGCGCACCCUCUGCAACUGCAUCGUCUCCCUCUCGUGGCGGACCCACGAUGGCUCCACCACCGAGUCCCCCCAUUGGGCCGAUGGCUACCCCCUCAACCUCCACAUCUACACCACCCUCCUCCGCUCCAUCUUUGACCUCAAGGACGACACGCUUGUCCUUGAUGAGGUCGACGAGCUGCUCGAUCUCAUCAAGAAGACUUGGUCGACCUUGGGGAUUUCCAAGCCUAUUCAUAACUUAUGUUUUACUUGGGUUUUGUUUUCGCAAUAUGUGGCGACGGGGCAAGUGGAGGGGGACUUGCUAUGCGCGUCGCUCGCCAUGCUGAAUGAGGUGGCGAGCAACGUGAAGAGGGCGGAGAGAGAGGAGGAGGAGGAGGCGGAUGCGUUGUAUAUGAGGAUGGUGUCGGGGGUAUUGAAGGCAAUGAAGAGGUGGUCGGAGAAGAGGUUGAUGUGUUAUCAUGAGAGUUUUAGGAGGGGGAAUGUGGGGUUGAUGGAGAACUUGCUUCCUUUGGUUUUUGGGGCGGCAAAGAUUUUGGAAGAAGAUGUUGAAAAAGGUGGUGUGGCAGCAGUAGCGGAGCAAGAGAAAGAGAAAGGUAAAGGGAAUGUAGUGACGGUGGACUUUUCGGGGAAUAGGGUGGACCACUACAUCCGAUCAUCGGUGAAAUUUGCAUUCGCAAAGUUGCUAGAGCAUGGAAGUUUAAAUGGCAUGACAUUAGAAGUACAAGAAGUGACUGAAGCUCUCAUCCAGUUAGCCAAAGAGACGGAAGAACUAGCCUUGAAAGAGAAGAUGAUCUACACCCCUGUCCUCAAGAAAUGGCACCCAAUCGCAGCCGGUGUCGCGGCUGUGACACUUCACCUGCUGAAGCAGUACUUGGCAGGAACAUCAUCGCUGACGAACGAGACGAUAGCGAUUCUGGAGAGAGCUGGGAAGCUUGAGAAGUUUCUGGUGCAGAUGGUGGUUGAAGACUCUGUAGAUUGUGAAGAUGGUGGCAAGACUAUUGUGAAAGAGAUGGUUCUUUAUGAAGUUGAUUCAAUUAUAUUGAAUUUGUUGAAAGAGUGGAUUCAAGAGAGGUUGAAGAAAGGGAAAGAGUGUCUCCAAAGAACAAAAGAAACUGAGACAUGGAACCCAAAAUCCAAAACAGAGCCAUAUGCACAAUCAGCUGGGGAGAUAAUGAAAGUUGCCAAAGAAACAGUGGAUUCAUUCUUUGAAAUUCCAUUAGGAAUGUCUGAGGAUUUAGUUCAUGAGCUUGCUAAUGGCUUGGAGCAUCUCAUCCGGGAGUACACUACCUUCGUUGCAUCAUGUGGAUCAAAGCAGAGUUACGUACCAACCCUCCCUCCCCUAACCCGUUGCAGCCGAGACUCAAAGUUUUUCAAACUAUGGAAAAAAGCCAGCCCCUGCAGUGUUGGAGUAGAAGACAUACACCUAAACGGUUCAAAUGAAGGCCACCAUCCCCGACCCUCGACAAGCAGAGGAACACAACGCCUCUACAUUCGCCUCAACACCUUGCACUACCUCCUUUCCCACCUCAACUCCCUCGACAAAUCCCUCGCUCUCUCCCCCCACCUCGUCUCCACCACCUCCCCCCACAACCACCAUCGCCGCCGCUCCUCCCUCACCACCGCCUCCUCCUCCUACUUUGACCUCGCCCGCUCCACCAUCCAAUCCGCCACUCAACACGUCUCCGAAGUGGCUGCCUACCGCCUCAUCUUCCUCGACUCCAACUGUGUCUUCUUUGAGAGCCUCUAUGCUGAAGAUGUCGAAAACUCACGCAUAAAACCCGCUUUGCGGAUCCUAAAGCAGAACCUGACGCUCCUGAGUGCGAUCGUCACUGAUCGUGCUCAGCCGUUAGCGAUGAAAGAAGUCAUGAAGGCAUCUUUCGAGGCCUUCUUGACGGUUCUGCUAGCUGGUGGGAGCUCCAGGAUCUUUAACAAAACAGAUCACCUGAUGAUCGAGGAGGACUUUGAGAGUUUGAAGCGGGUUUUUUGCGCAUGCGGUGAAGGGUUGAUUGCGGAGGACGUGGUGGAGAGGGAGGCUGAGAUGGUAGAAGGGGUGGUGGCGCUUAUGGGGCAAUCUACCGAACAACUUGUGGAGGAUUUUAGCAUUAUCGCUUGCGAAGCUAGCGGGAUAGGGAUUGUUGGAGGGCAGAGACUGCCCAUGCCCCCGACGACAGGAAGGUGGAAUAGAUCAGAUCCGAAUACAAUAUUGAGGGUUUUGUGCCAUAGGAAUGACCGCUCUGCGAAUCAUUUCUUGAAGUGCACAUUUCAAUUAGCAAAGAGAAGGUGAUGGAUGGUCAUUUUCGUGUGUACAGUUGCGAAAGAUCGAUACAUUUUUUAAGGUAAAUGUGAAGGAAUGAAGUGAAAUUUGUAAGAGAGGUCUCAGUGUAAUUUUUUGACGUUGUAUCAACAUGUUUUGGGGGGGAGGGGGGGGGGGGUGUGUUGAGGGAGGAAUGUAUUAAUUUUGUUGGCUCUUCAUUCUUUGCAGUAACUAGGCAGUAACAGUGGUUUUUGGUGGGAACAUGUGGAAAUUGGAUUUUUUUUUCUUCUUUCUUUUUUUUUUCGUCUGCCUUUUGUGUAAACUGGGUAUUUGAAUGUUGAAAAAGAGAUUUGAAAUGGGAAGUUUGAUUGUAUGAUGGAGUGGUUAGGCCUAAUUUUGUUGAUGAGUGGCUUCAAUUCAAUGCUUUGCUCUUGAACACUCAGAACAACAAUUUAUUUGAUGAUCUGUUGUGAAAACUAUUUUGAUAAGACUGACACGACUCCUUUUGGCAUUUGACCCCUGUGAUUGCGGUUUGAUGUUAUACACUUUUGUUCAAGUUAUGUGGCUUGUUGUCUACUGGGAAGACAUUCUAAUGGUUGUAGUUUGUGUGUGGUAAAGAUGUUGGGUGCAACGCUAAUGUUCGUGCCACUGAGCAAUAAGACCAACCAGUAGGAUAGGGUGAGAUCGACGUUGUCUCUCAGUUUACUGAAAGUAAUCCCACAAGGACCUUAUGUGAAGUUUAUUCGUUGAUUGUUGAUACUAUGUGCCAAUAUUGUAGCAUAAUAUCAUUGUGACACUCUUUUUGGACUGACUGGAAUAGUAAAGCCAUGGAAUCAUAGAGUUAUCUACAAUGUUGUUGGAUGGUGUAAAUUUGAUUUUGUACAGUGAGACCCACUCUUGAAAUAUAUCUCAACAUUUCAAUGUUUUUUCUGGAUAUAUGUCUGGGUACCUAGCAUUGCUGUAACUGUU